AUGGGAAUGACACCGGAGUACGACUACUUGUUCAAGCUUCUGCUUAUCGGUGAUUCGGGUGUUGGCAAAUCUUGCCUCCUGCUUCGGUUUGCAGAUGACACCUACACCGAAAGCUACAUUAGCACCAUAGGAGUGGACUUCAAGAUCCGAACCUUGGACUUGGAUGGCAAGACGGUGAAGCUUCAGAUUUGGGACACCGCUGGGCAGGAGAGGUUCCGGACCAUCACCAGCAGCUACUACCGCGGUGCUCAUGGCAUUAUCGUGGUCUAUGAUGUCACCGACAAGGAGCGUAAGAAGCACGAGCUGGCCAGCAAAGCGCCGGUCGGUCGGGUCUAA